CAGAAACAGAGGAACAAAAAGGGUUCCUGUGUCGCUAAGGCCAGACUUGAAUAAUACAAAAGGCCCGUUACCACAUGGGACUCAUCGAUGCGAGGGGACGGAGCGGUCAAUGGGGUCGUGGGGUUGCCCGCCCACACCGUGGCAUGGGCAGCUUCCAGGCUCGAUUGACGACGAGAGACCCGAGAUGUUGAGCGGCGGGAGAAACAUCAUUCCAAUGACACCAUGUGCCUGUUGUUUUGCUCUCACCGCAUUGCUAAAAGUGUCUUGGCUUUGCACUUGCCUUCUGGGAUCUCACACCAUACUUGAAAUGGAAUUGUGCUUGCCUAUAUAGUGCUUAAGCCGCACUGCUCUCGUUCGCCUUUGACAAUGGACGCAAGCGUCGUUCUCACCGCUUCGCAAGACUGCACGGCGAAGGUCUGGGACAUGGAGUCCGGUGGGUGCUUGAAGACCCUCGACGGCCAUGGUGAAUUUGUCCGCUCCGCCGUCUUCUCUUCGGAUGGUGCUCUGGUGCUGACAGCUUCGGGCGAUCGCACAGCGAGGGUCUGGGACAUGGAGUCCUGCGAGUGCUUGAAGACCUUCGAGGGCCAUGAGGACUUUGUCUAUUCCGCCGUCUUCUCGCCGGAUGGUGCUCGCGCGCUGACGGCUUCGGCCGACGAGACGGCGAAGCUCUGGGACAAGGAGUCUGGCGAGUGCGUGAAGACCCUCGAGGGCCAUAGGGGCGCAGUUUGCUCCGCCGUCUUCUCGCCGGAUGGGGCUCGGGUGUUGACGGCUUCGAACGACCGUACGGCAAAGGUCUGGGACAUGGAGUCCGGCGAGUGCUCGAAGACCCUCGAGGGCCAUACGGGCGCAGUUUGGUCUGCCUUUUUCUCCCCAGAUAGUGUUCGGGUGCUGACGGCUUCGGACGACCGCACGGCAAAGGUCUGGGACAUGGAGUCCGGCGAGUGUUUGAAGACCCUCGAGGGCCAUAUGGAGUCAAUCGGUUCCGCAGUCUUCUCGACGGAUGGGGCUCGGGUGCUGACGGCUUCGAGCGACCGCACGGCGAAGGUCUGGGACACGGAGUCCGGCGAGUGCUUGAAGACCCUCGAGGGUCAUACGGGCACACUGGGCUCCGCCGUCUUCUCGACGGACGGGGCUCGGGUGUUGACGGCUUCGGGCGACCGCACGGCGAAGCUCUGGGACGUGGAGUCCGGCGAGUGCUCGAAGACCUUUGCGGGCCACGGGAGCGUAGUUUGUUCCGCCAGCUUCCCGCCAGAUGGUGCUCGCAUGCCGGCGGCGUCGGUCGGCUCCACGGCCUCCACGGUGAGUGUAUGACCCGACCUUCCAAAUUGUUCGCGUAUUGCAUCGACUUUGCAUUAUUGUUCAAUGCACGGGGCGAUCAGCGUGUUUUUUGUCAUCGCCAUGUCGCCUGACGAAAAGUUGUUCAACUCUGAUAGUUCUUGGAUCUUCUGUGGACUUUGAGAGACUUUUGGAUGACUUUGAACAACCUUGGGGACGAUGUUUGGGACGGCUGUUGGGAUGACCUUUGGCACGACUUGUGGCAUGAUUUGUGGGGCGAGUUUUGUGCGGCCUGUGAACGACUUCGAGACGAUGUUUGCUAGAACUAUUGGGCGAGAUUUGGCCGUUUUUGGGUUUGUUGACGACUUGU